AACUUCCUUUCUUUCCCCUCAUCUUUCCUGUUACCCGCCACGCAACCUAUCCAAUUUUUGCGAAGUCCGCCUUGAUCAGACAGAACCAAGGAGAAAUGGCCGAGAAUGCAACACAACAGGUCGAGGAUGUUCCGACUGACGAGGAUGCCUCCUCAGUGAGCGACUCUGAGCGUGAAGACUCGCUAGCUUCUUUGCGAUCUAGCAUUCUGGACUACCGAAGGGAGAAUGGUAGGACAUAUCACAGGGUCAGCGAUGGCAAAUACUACAUGCCCAACGAUGUGAUGGAACAAGAUCGCCUUGACUUCUCGCAUCAUCUUUGGAAGCUAACCUACGACGGAAAGUUAUGCAACAGCCCCAAGAAAAAGGGAGCUAGGGUUCUGGAUAUCGGAACUGGAACUGGUAUCUGGGCUAUGGACUACGCGGAUGAAAACGAAGACGCAUCUGUUACUGGCGUUGACCUGAGCCCAAUUCAACCAAGCUUUGUGCCGCCCAACUGUCAGUUCGAGGUUGAUGAUGUUGAGAAGGAGUGGACUUGGUCAGAGGCAUUUGACUUCAUCUUUGCCAGGUCAAUGAAUGGAUCCUUCAAGAGCCGUACUGACUUUGUCGCCAAAGCAUUUGAGAACCUGGAAGUCGGCGGAUACCUUGAGAUGCAAGAUAAUGUGUUCCCGUUGCGGUGCACUGAUGGGACAAUGACAGAUGACUCGAGCAUGUACAAGUGGUCUAAGCUCUUAGUCGAGGCUACGGAAAUCGUCGGACAGCCGCUCAACGACGGCCCGAAGUUCAAACAGAUGCUCGAGGAUGCUGGAUUCGUGGACGUGCAGGAGAAGAAGGGGAUCUUGCCUCUCGGAUCUUGGCCGGAGAAGGGCACUAAAGAGCAUGAGUUGGGGACUUGGUGUCGAUCCAUCACACUAGAGAGCCUCGAGGCCCUCUCGCUUGCUCUAUUCACGCGCGUUCUUGGUUGGACUAAGGAGGAAACCUUGGUGUUCUGUGCCGAAGCGAGGGAGGAGUUGAAGCAACAGAAUAUCCACGCCUACUUCGAUGUCUAUGCAGUCUGGGGUCGGAAACCCGCAGAAAAGUAGACGGAGUAUGCAUGAUACUUGGCAAUCUCCUCCUUCAAUUGAUGUCCUUAUUUGACAAUAUCUCUAUGAUGCAGCUGUGUGCCUUUCCAAAAAAGACAAGGAACCUUUGACAUCUGUUUCACUGUUGAGCAUAUCCGUUUGUGACACUGGAGAUAUCGUAACCGGUGUGAUAUCUCGUCACUUGCGCAACCAGGGACCCAUGGACUCGGCGCUGUGUUGCCGUAUUUCGACUUACUGUCCACCACGGGACGCUGGAUGAUGGUUCCGGGCACCUUGCAUAUGCAUGCAUGAGAUGAUAAUUAUGGUAAAAUCCAA